UAUAGAGUCAACAUUUUUGUUUAAAAUGAUUCUGCAACUAAAAAAAUUACAAGCAUGUGUGUAGUAUUUGUUUUUUUUUAAGCAUUAGUUUUAAAGGUUUUAUUAAAUGAGUAGACUUAGUGUAAGUUGCCGAGUGAGAAUUUCAUUUGGUUUCGCCGUAUAAUGGCACAAAGUACCGUAGUGGAAACUUAUACAUUGAAAAAUGAUGUUAAGGAUGAAGGUGAAGAAGUUAAAUUACCAUUCAUCAAAAGGUUAACUGUGAGUAAUAAUAAAGAUUCGCCGUUUGGAAAACGACAUGUCGAGGCUCUCAGCUUCUUCUUGGCUGUAUUUCUUGGAUUUUCUAUAAGGGUAAAUUUAUCUCUAACUAUAGUAGCGAUGACGGAUCCAAAUGCAAAUGAAAAUAAGGAUAUACCGACAUUCGAGUGGAAAAACAGAAACGUAAUCCUUUCAUCAUUCUUUUGGGGUUACGUCAUUCCACAGAUAGGAGCAGGCUGGCUAAUGACCCGAUACGGACCAAAGUGGUUUCUGAUAGGCAGCAUGUUUUUGGGAUCUGCAGUAGGAUUUUUAAUGCCACCACUGGCCAGUGUAUGGGGAUCCACGUCCGUCAUAGUCUUCCGCGCUAUACAGGGACUAUGUCAAGGUUUCAUCCUCCCUUCAGUGCCCUGCUUCAUGGGAAACUGGGUGCCGGUAGGUGAAAGGGGGAGGAUUGGGACCUUUGUAUACGCAGCUGGGCCAUUAGGAACAGUGUUUAGUAUGCUGAUAGCAGGUUACAUAUCAGCUAGUCGCUUAGGGUGGCCAUGGGUGUUCCAUUUCUUUAGCAUACUUGGUAUACUUUGGUGUAUAUUUUAUGCCAUUGUUGGGAGAAACACCCCAGCUGAACAUCCAACGAUAACACAAGAGGAACGAAAUUAUAUAGAAAAGACCGCAAGUUCGUCAAUCAAAAGCCGUAUGCCCACGCCAUGGAAGGCCAUUUUCACAUCAGUGCCCUUCUUGGCUUUGUUUUAUUCGUACGCCUGCUUCAUUUUUGGAUUUUGGGUGCUACUUACACAAAUACCAACAUACAUGAAUGAAAUUUUAAAGUUUAACUUGAAAAAAAACGGCGUUUUGUCGGCCCUUCCAUAUAUAUUACAAUGGAUGACAGGUUUGGUGCUUAGUAUUAUUUCGGAUAAGAUGAUCAUCAGAGGUAUUGUUUCGAUAGCGAUUGCGAGAAAAAUGAUGAACGCAAUUGGUAUGUUAAUUCCAGCACUGGCUUUAAUAUUUUUGGGAUAUUGUUCAAAAGAUACCGCCGUCGGAGCAGUUAUCUUAUUAAUGAUAGCAGUUGGUGCAAACGGUGCUACUUUUUGUGGAACAUUCAUCAACAAUGUGGAUCUUUCUCCGAACUUCGCGGGUGUCUUGUAUGGAAUCAUGAAUGGGUGUUCCAAUGUUUUUGGUAUCUUAGCUCCAUUGAUAGUCGACGUUAUGGUAAAAGAUCUGUACAAUCCAAAGCAAUGGAGGAAUGUUUUUUAUCUGGCAAGUGCAGUUUAUGCAUCAGGAGCUGCAGUAUUUUGGAUAUUUGGAUCUGGAGAAGUCCAGCCUUGGAAUGAAAAAAGGAUUAAAAUAGAUCCAGAUGCUAUUUCGAACGUAAGCAGUAUUUACUAAACCACUUGUAAUUUAUUCGUUUUAGAAUACUAAUAAAUAUAUAAUCAGUAA